AGCAAAACCGAGCUGCAAAAUGAGAUGGGAAUGACCAACUUGCCUGAAAUUGACCAUGCACGGCGUGCAGACGAAGAAAAGGCUGCAAAUCAUCGCGGCGCGGACCCAAACUUGGUCGGUUGGGAGGAAAAUGACCCAGAGAACCCACAUAACUUCUCGACGAUAUACAAAUGUUGGAUUACAUUCCAGCUCGGUAUGCUGGCCCUCAGCGCCAGUUUAGGCUCGAGUAUCAUCUCCCCUGCGCAGACCAAGCUGGAAUCGUACCUAGGCAUUAGCACUGAAGUCAGCAUUCUCCCAGUGUCUCUGUACAUUCUUGGUUUCGCUUUCGGGCCACUAUGCUGGGCUCCUAUCUCGGAAAUCUGGGGACGCCGCUGGUCGAUGCUCCCGGCCGUUUUCAUGCUGGGCAUUUUCAGUAUCGGUACCGCGACAAGCAAGAAUACCGCUGCCAUUCUCGUCACCCGAUACUUUGCAGGCGUUUUUGGCUCAGCUCCUGUCAGUAAUGUAUCGGCUGCCCUGGGGGACUUCUUUCAUAUGAAGGCGCGCGCCGUUGCCAGCACAUCCUACGCCAUCUGCGUUGUGGGCGGACCAACCAUGGGACCGAUCAUUGGCGCUGCCCUGGUCAACAAUCCACACCUGGGUUGGCGCUGGACAGAGUACAUUGAAGCUAUUAUCGUCUUUUUUGUCUUCACAGUGACCUUCUUCUGCUUACCGGAGGUGUAUGGCCCCGUCCUUCUCCAUAAAAAGGCGAAGCGCCUGCGCAAGGAGACCGGCAACCAAGAGCUAUACCACCCACACGAGCAUAUGAAAAUCGAUGCGUAUAGUAUUGUCACCAAGCAUUUCUCCCGCCCGCUUGUCAUGCUUGUGACGGAACCAAUGGUGACGGUGAUUGCGCUAUACGCCUCGUUCACCUAUGCUCUACUCUACCUCACCCUCGAAGUGUUCCCCAUUGUCUUUGCCGAUAUCCGCCAGUGGAAGCCAGUUGUUGCCACAUUACCCUUCAUCGGCCUCUUUAUUGGCGUCCUGCUAUCCGCCGCGUUCAUCAUUCUUGUCGGCCAGCCGUACUACAUCCGAAAAUGGGAAGAAGGCGGCGGGAAACCAGUCCCGGAGGCACGUCUGAUGCCCAUGGCGGUUGGAGGGUUUCUGUUCGCAGGAGGUCUCUUCUGGUUUGGCUGGACGGCGGCACCGUCCUAUUCAUGGGUGCUACCUGUCGUAGCAGCUGUGAUGUUCGGGUGUGGAUUCUGUAUCAUCUUCGGUCAAUGUAUCAAUUUCCUGGUCGAUACAUACGGGCCAUACGCGGCCUCAGCCACUGCGUCCAACACAUUUCUGCGAAGUGUGCUUGCGGCCGCGUUCCCACUUUUCGCUAAGCAGAUGUUCCAUAAUCUUGGGGUGGGACCAGCGAUGUCGAUCCUUGGGGGUAUCGCAGCGGUACUGAUUCCCGUUCCUUUUCUCUUCCGGAUUUACGGAGUGCGGUUGAGAAAGAUGUCGAGGUUUGCGCCGUUUAAGGGGUAAUGAUUAAGGAGCUGGACAAUCUAGACCCUACAAACAUGGACGGCUGCCUGGGAGCGAACCCCGUAACUAUGAAAAUACCUGAGAAGCAGCUUCAAAUAUCUUAUAAAGGGCUAUGCCAGGCAUAUGUGUGCCAGUACUAUGCGGGCUGCUGCUUGCACUUCGAGCUAGCAUGACCACUCGAGAGCGAUUCUCUGUCCUCUUCCAGGCAACGGCGCAGGAGAAAGGCUACACCAGGACAAGGUUUUAACCUUAAGCUGUGGACCUUAGGUUUGGCCGGGUUACGUGGAGCUUCUUACCGUAGAGUCUCCAUGCCCAGUCCACAAAUAUUAGUUAAUAAUACACAUAUUCGAUAUCACAAUGAAUGAAUAUGAACUGAUGAUGUUCCCGAGCGGUCCUCUGCACGGGGAGUUACAUCUUUGUUUCUCACAUUGUAUUUCGCCGACACAGC